AUGGUUGCCCAAACGCGAGGGGCUAACCAGUCUAGUCCGCACAAGUUGAAGUUCAGAGACAAGCUCGUCGGAAAAGGGCUUUCGACGGAUGCUCUGCUCAAGAAGCUCAAGGGACUUCAGCAGGAGCUCAAGGAUAUGGAUCAGGCUCAUGUUGAUGUAUCCUCGCUACAUGUUGUUCGCAAGGAGCUCAUCCACAGCACCAUCUUCUUGCAUCGGGAUCAAGGCGUCAAGGCGUACGCCGCGUGUUGUCUUGCCGAUAUCUUGCGCCUCUACGCGCCGGAUGCCCCAUAUACUCAGAACGAACUCCGGGAUAUCUUUCAGUUCUUCUUUCAGCAGCUCGAAAAGUAUCUGAAGGGUCAGGACUCUCCCUACUACGACCAGUAUUUCCACCUCUUAGAUUCACUGUCCACCGUCAAGAGCGUUGUACUUGUAUGCGACCUCCCCGAAGCUGACGACCUCAUCGUGACCGUAUUUCGCCAUUUCUUCGCGAUCGUGCGCCGCGACUUGCCACAAAAUCUGAGGAUGCAUAUGGCGGACAUACUCGUCGCGCUCACCGACGAAUCCACCACCGUCCCGUCUGGCGUCAUAGAGAUCCUCAUGGCACAGUUUACGGAUAAAAACGCACGCUCGGAUCAACCAGCCUACCAGAUGGCGGUCAACGUAUGCAACGCCACUGCAGACAAGCUUCAGCGGCACGUAUGCCAGUACUUCACCGAUAUUAUCACCGCUCGUCCAACAGAGGAAGACGAGGAAGCCGAUUACACUGAAAUCGAGGCCGCGCACGCUCUCGUUAAGCGGCUCAAUCGGUCUUGUCCCGCAUUACUGCACAACGUCGUGCCCCAAUUGGAGGAGGAAAUGCGCGUAGCGGACAUCAAAUUGCGUGUGAUGGCGACGCAGGUCCUGGGGGAGAUGUUCGCGGAGAAACGGGGCGCGGACUUAAUGAGAAAAUACCCAACGACUUGGGCAGCGUGGCUUGGACGGCACAAAGACAAGUCUUCGACUGUCCGCCAGGUAUUCGUGGAGGCCACGAAAGGGCUGAUCCAGAAUCUACCGGAAUCACGCGAGAGUCUCGAAGAGGUCCUUGCUUCCAAGUUGUACGACCCAGACGACAAAGUUCGCACCGCCGUAUGCAAGAUAUAUGGCCAGCUCGACUACGAGACGGCUCUUCACCAUGUUUCUGAGAAUCAAUUACGCACAGUUGUUGGACGAGGUUUGGAUAAAAAGCAUCCGGUACGCCUUGCUGCCUCCACCACGGCCGGAAAGCUCUGGAUAUUGGCGUACCCCGAGAUGUACGUUUCUCUACCGGAUAACGGAGAUCCAGCAGCCAUCCGGCAUUUCUCUUGGAUUCCUCAAGCCGUCUGCGACAUGUUCGCCAACACUGAUGCUCGUUCUGCUGCGGAGAAUGCAUUGUCAGAAUACAUAUUUCCUUUACCCACAGCAAGCGCGAAUGAGAAGGGGAAAGAUGCUGGCAUAGACGAAGGCGUGUGGACAGACAAGUUACUCACAACGAUGAGAUUCUUGGACGACAAAGGGAUCAAAUCAAUGAUCAAUUUCACGGGUAUCAAGCACUCGCGACCCACCGUGUACGAGGGAUUCCUGCAAGCUUGUAUCGAGAAUAACGGGGGUGUGAUCGACGAAGACGAGGAGAAAGUUGUCAAGAAACUCGCGAACAUCAUAAAACGGAUCUCAGGGACGUUUCCGGACACGCAGAAAGCUGCAGACGAUCUGCACACAUUUGCCAAGUUGAACGAAGGACGAUUGUACAAACAUCUUAAGGCUUGUAUGGACCCUCAGACAGAUCUCAAAGGUCUUGUGAAAGCCACAACCGAAUUCAUCAAGCGGCUGGAGCAAUCGUCUGCAGCAAUCGUCCCGACCAUGAAAAUUGUCCUCCGGCGUGCCAGUCUCCGCGUUAUCAACCAGUCUUUGAUACCUACUCUCAUCAAGCGCGUACAGAAGGGGGAUCCAUCAGGCGAUGGUCAUGGCACCAGCCAAGCACAGCUCAACGCAAACAACGCACACGCCUUGUUAACGAUCAUCUCAAAGUAUCUACCAGCUCUGUACAAACCUCACGUGAACGAGCUCGCCAAGGGACUGGCAGAGGAUAAGAAUCCUCGAAUGGUGGAAGUGUGCUUACAGGCGCUCGCGAGCGUGGCCAAAGGCGACCCCAAUCUUGCUCCUUCGUACAAGAAGACAGCGGAGCGAGUCCAACGGUACGCUUUGUCCUCCAACAAACGGCAUAGCAAGUUCGCUGCCCGUUUGCUGGCCAUAUCUAAGAAUGCCGCGCAAUCAUGCCAACAAGUCGUUGACAACAUCGCGGACUCUCUCCCUGAGGCUGUCGACGAACAGCUUGUUGCAUAUGUCGCUGUGUUGCAACAGCUCGCGCAUAUGGCACCAGACGCGUUCGAGCAGAAGAGUGAUGUCAUCAUCGCCCACCUUUUGAAGGAAGUCCUCAUGGCUCCGUGCCCGCUUGAUGAGGACGCCAUGGAAGAUGACGCGGAGUGGAUGGAAGACUCUCAAUUGCCUCCACAACUUCAAGCAAAGCUCCUCUCGAUGAAGCUUUGCCGAAACCGGUGCCUUGCGCACGCGUCGUCAGACAACGCGUUGGAAAUUGCCACUCCAGUGCUCAAAAUGUUCAUCACCGUCAUCUCAAAUGGCGGCUCUUUCACGGCCGAAAGCGACGACAAGUCAGCGGCGAUAUCGUUGCUCCGUUUAUGUACGGUACAGAAGUUCGCCGAGGCUAUGUCUCGACAUUUCGUCACGCUCGCCGUGAUGGUCCAGGAUCCUUGCUUUCAAGUCCGCAUCUCGUUUUUGACGAAGUUAAUCAUCUUAUUGUCUCCGAGGAAACUGCCGCCUUACUUCAAUACCAUCCCUUUCCUCACUGUUCACGACCCGGACCCCGAGGUGAUUCAGUCGGCUAAAGCGUUCGUGGCGUUUGCGUCACGCACAUGGCCACCUUCGAUACGCUCAACAGAUUUGGAGUUGCUAUUUCUUCGCUUUCUACAUUUGCUUGCUCAUCAUCCCGACUUUGGUACCGACCAUGAACAAUUGCUUGAGAUGGCGAAAUAUUUGGACUUCUACAUCGAGCUCGUUGCGACGGAGGAGAACAUCUCUCUUCUCCAUCAUCUCGCUAUGAGAUGUAAGACGGUUAGGGAUGCUGAAUCCGACAGCGAGGUUGGUCUUGCGCCCAACGAUAAACCAUCCACGUAUUUAUGCAUGGCAACAGCCUCUGUAUAUCAUGAGCGAGUUGGCACAAGAGUUGCUGAAGGCCAAAGCUCAUACGCGGUCGUGGAGCAUUCAAACCUAUCCAGGCAAAAUCAGGCUACCAGGAGAUAUCUUCAAAUCCCUCCCUGA